AUGGCACAGGCGACUGCUGGUGUCAUGGUCCUGAAGGCUGUGUUCCUCUUCCAGGCGGGAGCUGGCAUUCUGGGAAACGCCUUCCUCCUGUCCACCUACAGCUCCUCCUUUCUCACUGGGCACAGGCCAAAGCCCACAGACGUGGUUCUGUCCAACUUGGCUGUGGCCAACUCCUUGGUUCUCAUCUCCAAGGGGACACCUCACUUGGUGGAUGUGCUGGGACUCCCAGGUGCCCUGGGGACCUCUGGGUAUAGAGUCUCCUACUACUUGCACAGGGUGUCCCAGGAUCUUUCUCUCUGCACCACCUGCCUGCUGAGCUGCCUGCAGGCCAUCACCAUUAGCCCCAGGAGUGCGGCAUGGGCAGCCCUCAAGGGCUGGGCGUCAAAGAACAUGGGCUCCUCCUGCCUGCUCUGCUGGACCCUGAAUCUGGCAAUCAACUCCUUCUUUCCCAUGCAGAUAAGUGUCUCCUGGGACAAUAGCAGUGUUUCCAGAACAGAGAAUCUCCUCUUUUGCCAGUACAAGUUCUCCCUGUCUGGAUUAUCUGUAAUCCUAGUCUCCUUUGUGGGUGCCACGUUAAUAGUCCUUAUGAUCUUGGCUAGCGUCUACAUGGUGUGUCUCCUGCAUAGUCACCGCCGGAGAGUGCAUUACGUCCACCACUCUAGCCUCACCCGUAGGACGUCUCCUGAGAAAAGGGCCACUAACACCAUCCUGCUCAUGGUGGCUAACUUCAUUCCCUUUUACUUCUUCAAUUCCAUGUGUAUAUUUUAUGACACAACGUCUUUUAGUUCCUACUUGUGGCUGCAGCACACCCUGAAGCUUCUUGCUAUAUGCUUUCCCUCGCUCAGCCCCUUGCUGCUGCUGCUUCAGAACUCCAGAGUCCUGGGGUCUUGCCUUUAG